AUGGAACAGUUCAGCGCGCAGCGCGACGCGACCUACCGGCGGCCCUGGCGCAAGAUCUGCAACCUGCCCAUUCCGCCGACGGGGGCGAUGAUGCGCAGGCACUGCGGCGUCAUCAACCAUUGCCCCCGAGUCCCCACCGUCGGGGCGAGAGCCAGGGCCCGCGAUCCACCGAUGGAGAAGGACCGCAUCCACGAGUUCAGCAAUCACGGCCAGAACGCGAUGGCCUUCUACGUCCAGCGCAGCGGAUGCCAGCUCCACUUGGAAUACUAUCGGAGGGUGGCCAAGGGGGCGCAGGAGGUGAUUGAGAAGCUGAAGGGGUCCAAGAACGAUGGAGGCUCGGAUCAAAGGGGGCAGGAGGCCGAGGCGACAGCAACACCGACGAAGUCCAAGCCAGCAACCAGGACAGCGAACAGCAGACCGACCCCCCGGCACCGCGGGAGCGAGCUGGGCGAUCAGGAGACCCAGGAGGACUGGGAGGAGCUGGACGAGUCACCUUGGAGCAAGGCUCCACAGGCGCUGCGCGAGCUGCUGAGGGAUGAGAACGCCAACGAUGCGACCGACCAGCUGGAGCAAAACAACAUCCUGAACAAGUCCAUCAAGCUAUUCGACAAGGUAGACAACUUUAGGCAGGCGAUCGACUCAGCCAUCCCAGAGAGCCAGAAGAGCCAGAUCGAGGACGAAUGCGAGCCGCAGGUCGAGCACCUGGGCGAGGAUACAGGAGCGACCAGGAACGUCAAGAGCAGGGAGGUCAUGGCGCUGACGGGUUUUCACUGGGUGGCCAGAGAGAAGAUCGGCAAGGAGAUGCUCACAUGCAUUUUUGAUGUGGCCAUCCAGCAGACCAUCGACGGGAAGGUCUUCUACUACGAGCGUCACGACCACUCCAGAGACCGGGAGGUCGUGAACGGGCCACCUCGGCUGAAGCUGGGAGACGUCCAGGCGUCGCUGAAGGAGCUGGCGGGGGCCCUGGCAUGGUCUAUCGCGAAGGAGAAGGUGACGGGGCAGGUCCGCGAGAACCGCGAGGACGAAGCAGAGGAGGAGUGGGCAACUUGCGCGCCAUGCUGCGCGGCACCUACGAUGCCAGCGAAGGGCGAGAGGAGCGCCGACCCGCAGGUGAAGCAGCAGGUUCAGAACAUGCACCAGAACAUGGUGCAUUGCAGCAAUGAGAACUUGGUCAUGGUCUUGAAGUACGGCAAGGCGCGACAUGCCUACAUUGGGGCGGCGCAGCAGCUGGAGUGUCCGAAAUUCGCAGCUAGCAAGCGACCGAGGCUCGCCAAGCCUUCUAGGGAGCCUACUCCCCAUCAGAUCACCAACGUCAUGGGCAUGGGCAUCUUCUUCGUACUGGGCCCCGAGAGCACCGCCAAGGUUCCCAUGCUGAACGUGUCGAGCCACGGCGCGG